GAAAACCAUGUAGCCUAAACAAUGAUUGUGUCAUUCUCCUGAAAAGGGAAAAAGAGGACCUUUGUCUGGCAACCGCGUCAGAAUCUUGAAUCGGGGGUGGAACCGAGGCGCUCCAGUGGGGUUGCACCGAGAGUGAGAAGCGAACAACAUGAAGCCUGGCUGAAUUUUCACUUUCUUUGCGCUUUUGAUUAAAACAGGGAUAUGCGCUACCGUUUUUUUUAAUGUACACGGACCGAGCUUCCUCUAUGACCUAACGACUUCACUCAGGAUGUACGUCUGGUUAACUGUUUUAGCUGGGUUGGCUGUUUUACCAGCUAUUCUGAAAUCACUGUAUCCAUAUUUGUUCCAAGACCUGAAGUAUGUCUUCAACACUAUUCGGUUCGGGAUCAGGCUGACUAAAUACAAAAAGAUAAAGCCUUUCUACAGCAUUCUGGAUUGCUUUUUGGAUGCAGUGAAGAAACAUCCCAACAAGAUCUUCAUCCACUUUGAAGGACAAUCGUUCACUUAUCUUGAGGUCGACAAACGAAGCAAUAAAGUUGCUAAUGCUCUGCAGACUUGCGCUUCUCUGAAAGAAGGCGAUACUGUUGCCUUGUUUUUGGGGAAUGAACCGUGCUAUGCAUGGAUAUGGCUGGGUCUGGCCAAACUUGGCUGUCCAGUCGCACUCCUCAACCACAACAUAAGGGCCAAAUCCCUCUUGCACUGCUUCACUUGUUCGGGAGCCAAAGUUCUCAUCGCAGCCGCAGAGUUGCAGGGGGCGGUUGAGGACGUGCUGCCCGCGCUACAGGAGCAGGGCAUCAGUGUGUACCUUUUGGAGGAGGACCAAGACCAGGGGCAGGGGGAUGGAGUGGCCGAGGGCAUCAACCUCCUCUCAGGAAAGAUCCAGCAGGCCUCUGACGCCCCCCUCCCACGCUCCCUCCGGGACAACGUGGGGGUCCGCAGCAUCGCCCUCUACAUCUACACCUCGGGCACCACAGGGCUCCCCAAGGCGGCGUUGGUGACCCAUGAGCGUGUGUGGGCGGCCUCCUUCAUUCAGGCGGUGUCGGGGGUCACCAGCGAUGACAUCUUCUACAUCAACCUGCCGCUCUACCACAGCGCUGGAUUCCUCAUCGGCAUGGCCGGAGCCAUCGAGAGGGGUAUUACGGUGGUGCUGAGGAGGAAGUUCUCCGCGUCUCAGUUCUGGGCCGACUGCAGGAAGUAUGAUGUCACGGUGAUGCAAUACAUCGGGGAGACGCUGCGCUACCUCUGCAACACUCCGCAGAAGGAGAAUGAGAAAGCCCACCGGGUGCGAAUCGCCAUCGGCAAUGGUGUGCGGAUGGACAUCUGGUCCGAGUUCCUGCAGCGCUUUGGCGACAUCGCCGUGCGGGAGCUGUACGCCGCCACGGAGGGCAACGUGGGCUUCAUCAACUACACCAGCAAGGUCGGCGUGGUGGGACGCGUCAACCCCCUGCACACGAGGAUCUUCCCGUACUCACUGAUCAAGUUUGAUGCUGAGAAGGAGGAGCCGGUGAGGAACGCUGAAGGCCUCUGCGUACGAGCUGCCAGAGGGGAGACGGGACUGCUGGUGGGCAAGAUCACUAACCACUCCCCCUUCGUGGGCUACGCGGGCAACAAACAGCAGACGGAGAAGAAGCGGCUCCAGGACGUCUUCCGCAAGGGAGACCUGUACUUCAACAGCGGAGACCUGCUCAGGAUCGACCACGACAACUUCGUCUACUUCCAGGACCGCGUCGGGGACACCUUCCGAUGGAAGGGGGAGAACGUAGCGACGACAGAGGUGGGAGAUAUCCUGACAACAGUGGACGGUAUCGAGGAAGCCAAUGUCUAUGGCGUCAAGGUUCCAGGGCAUGAGGGACGUAUCGGCAUGGCGGCAGUUACCCUGCGAGAGGGAGCAGAGUUUGACUGUGUCAACACCUGUGCUCACGUUGCCAACUACCUGCCGGUGUAUGCACGACCUCGCUUCAUCCGCAUCCAGAGCUGCUUGGAGAUGACUGGAACCUUCAAGAUGAAGAAGGUGAGGCUGGUGGAGGAGGGCUUUGACCCCGCGCUGAUCCAGGACGAGCUCUACUUCCUGGACCUGGAGCAGAAGAAAUAUGUGCCCCUCACCCAGCAGAUCUACGACUCCAUCUUGUCCAGAGAGGUGAAGUUGUAGGAGGAUAAGAGGGAGAGAGAGACGGAGGGGCUGUGGUACAAGUCUAACUACUUCCUCGUGUCUAGGCCUUGGAAGGGAGGAAGUUAUUUGACUUGUACCUCUCUAUUCCAUGGAGAUGGGAAAGACACGGAUGGAGAAGGGGGCAGUAUAGAAGGAGGAGGGAAUAGAAGAAUAAAUGGUGGAUUCACAUUUUGGCCAGAGGCGAGUGAUGAGGAGGAGAAUGGUGUAGAGGGGGGCGGCAGGAUAGAUGGGCUGGGAGGGUGAAAAUCAAAAGAGGGGGGCAGGAUAGAUGGGCUGUUUGCUGAUAUGUUUGGAUGUAUAACAGGGAUGGGCAACUCCCAUAAGAAGAAGGGCCACGUUUUUUCAUCUCCACUGUCAGAGGACUACAUGACCAAGAAUCGGACUACAAAUCACUCAGUUUGAGAUGCAGUUGGUUGCUCACCAACUGCCGAUAUUGUUUGGAAGGAAAAGUAGUGUUCUCUAUCGGCAAACAGUAUAAUUACAAUUGAUUAAGAUUUUUCAGUUAUGUUUUUUAAUCAUUACUUUUAUUAUGUUUUAUCUAAGGGCCGCACUGAAUGAGGAGGCGGGCCGCAUGUUGCCCCCGGGCCUCCAGUUGCCCAUCCUUGAUGUAUAAAGUUGUGGGAAGUUGCAGUAAGUGGGAUUAUGCUUUGUAGAAUUCUUGCAUAGCCUACCUCCUUUGUGAGUAGGAGUGGAAUCCCUUGUUCACCAAUGUUAAAGACAAGAAAUCUCCCGCACACUGUUCACAUUUGCAUUUUACUGGCAACGUUUCGGUCUAUUGACCUUCUUCAAGCAAUUCAACCUGAAGAAUUGAAAUUAUUUUAAGAAGGUCAAUAGCCCGAAUUGUUGCAAGCUAAUGCUGCAAAUGUGGUCCAUUGACCUUCAAGCAAUUCAACCUGAAUUGAAUUGAAGGAGGUCAAUAGAACGGGACGUUGCAGGUAAACGCUGCAAAUGUGAACAUUUGUGUGGGAGCUUUCUUGUCUCUAAAGUUGUUAAGUGGGAAAAUUAGAUAUGAGAUGCGGAGGGUUUGGGGGUGCUGCUGGACUGCCCCAUCCAGGACGUCUGGCGGUGACGUUUAGCCCAAUGUUUCUUGGUUCUUCGGGGCGUUUAGCCCAAGGGUUCUUGGUUCUUCAGGUUUUGCAAUUGACAUGAACUAACAGCUAGCCAUUUUAACUAACCUCAGGGAAGAUCACUUCACUAACCAGCAAUGUGCCAGUGGUACGACAUUCCAACAGCCAGCAGCUAUACAUUGUUGUGUGUGUGUGCGUGUGUGUGUGCGUGUGUACGACCUGCCAGUAAGAAGCUAUAGAAUACAGUCUGUGAGUGUAACUGCAAGAAACUGUGUGUGUGUGUAUGUCUCAGCAGUAUUGGUUUGGAAUGUAAGAAUGUGAUUUCUACCGAAUAGCAAAUGACUAAUAAAUCUUGUGCCCUGUUUUA